UGUCGAGCUAACUAUUCUAUCGUCAAUUGAAGUCCUCGACGUAUAAAUUGGGCUGACUUUUAGUCACUUGAGCAUAGACCUACCUCAGUCUAAAAUAUGUUUACUGUGGCGAAAGGAUCGCUUUUUGCCCUAUUGGCAGCCGCAGGAUCAUUCGGGAGUGAUCCAUUAGACGGGAAUAUAAACGUACAGGAUACAGACAUCAGACUAAAUGAACUACAGUUCUUAGGUACACACAAUAGUUAUCAUGUGGCCCCUAAAUCACGCUUGCUCACGUUGUAUCGCGCUUUAGAGAGCGCAUCUGGCAGUGAUGCCAGUGUAGAUGCCUGGGAAUACACACAUCACACAUUAGACUAUCAGAUGCAGAAUCAAAAUGUGCGGCAUUUCGAGUUAGAUGUAUACUAUGAUUCGGUGGGGGAGAAGUUCGCCAAUCCGAAGGCGUUGGCAUUGGUGAAGGACGACUUCCGACUUCCAGGUAUGCAAAAUUACGGACCUCAAUGUUCUACUAAAUAA